AUGCCCUUUUCCCCCUUGCAUGAUAUGGGGAUCGAUCUCGGGGGCGAUGAUACCCCCGUUCCCGGGCACGCCGGGGGAGAAAAGGGGGAAAAGGGGAAGGGCGGCGGUCGGGGAGAUCCGCCCGAGCCCGGGCCCGGGGAGUGGACGGAGGAUGAGUCGCCCCGGUGGCCAAGGGGUGGUUGGAGGUGUCGGCGAUCAGGGUUGCGAACAACCGGGGUUUGUCAACAUGUGGCGAAGAUCGGGGCGCCUGGGAACCCCGCCCGCACGGGAAAGGGCCGAACGAGGAGGUCGGGGGAAGGGGGGGGGGCGCACCGGGCCCCCGGUGGGCCGUUUUUGGGGUAUCGCCCGCCCUCCGUCGGGCCAAAUGGGCGGGCGGGGGGCCCCGGGGGUGGCGGAUCGGUUCCCCCUUUGGGGGGGAAGUAUAAGGGUUACCUUAGGGUGCUUCUUUUCUUGAAGGACCGGAGAAGUUCCGGGGGCGGGGUGCGGCAUGGGUGGCGGCGGGCCCGCUAUGCGGGGACUCAGCGGCCGGCGGAUCCCGCCUCCCCGGAUCUUUUGGGGGUUUCCAUCCCCCCCCCUGGUCGCCCCGUCCGAUUGAACCAAGGGGCGCGGCGUUUUCGGGGGGGAUCCCUAUCACCCCCCGAGGUCGAUCCUCGCCCUCCCACCCCCCCCCUCAGUCGCUCUCCUUCGCGUAACCAAAGGGGCUCGGAUUUCGGGUCUUAG